AUGGCGACCUACGGACAGAGCUGCUCGCGGCCAAUGUGUAUUCCUCCAUCAUAUGCUGACCUUGGCAAAGCUGCCAGAGAUAUUUUCAACAAAGGAUUUGGUUUUGGGUUGGUGAAACUGGACGUGAAAACAAAGUCAUGCAGUGGCGUGGAAUUCACAACAUCUGGUUCAUCUAAUACAGACACUGGUAAAGUUACUGGGACCUUGGAGACCAAAUAUAAAUGGUGUGAGUAUGGUCUGACUUUCACAGAGAAAUGGAACACUGAUAACACCCUGGGAACAGAAAUCGCAAUUGAAGACCAGAUUUGUCAAGGUUUGAAACUGACAUUUGAUACCACCUUUUCACCAAACACAGGAAAGAAAAGUGGUAAAAUCAAGUCUUCUUACAAGAGGGAAUGUAUAAACCUUGGAUGCGAUGUUGACUUUGAUUUUGCUGGACCUGCAAUCCAUGGUUCAGCUGUCUUUGGUUAUGAAGGCUGGCUUGCUGGAUACCAGAUGACCUUUGACAGUGCCAAAUCAAAGCUUACAAGGAAUAACUUUGCAGUGGGCUAUAGGACUGGGGACUUCCAGCUGCACACUAAUGUCAAUGAUGGGACAGAAUUUGGAGGCUCAAUUUAUCAGAAAGUAUGUGAAGAUCUUGACACUUCAGUAAACCUUGCUUGGACUUCGGGUACCAACAGCACUCGCUUUGGUAUUGCAGCUAAAUAUCAGUUGGAUUGCACUGCUUCCAUUUCUGCAAAAGUCAACAACUCUAGUUUAAUUGGAGUGGGCUACACUCAGACUCUGAGGCCUGGCGUGAAGCUCACACUGUCUGCUCUGGUAGAUGGGAAGAGCAUUAAUGCUGGUGGCCACAAGCUGGGGCUUGCCCUGGAGUUGGAGGCUUAA